AUGAAGAAGAGUUUUGUGUCCGGGGAGACUGUCCUGGUCCGAAAUCAAGGAACAAGCGGUUGGGCAGACGGUGUGGCAUGGUUCUUGGGUAUCGGGAAUGCUCUUUUUGCAUAUGUCGGCACAGACGCCCCCAUCCAUAUCGCCGAGGAAAUGCAUCAGCCGGGUCGGCUUCUUCCAGAGUGCCUGAACACCACUCUCGCCAUCGGAGUUGUCACCACCGUGCCCUUGUUGACUGUGAUGAUGUUCACAAUGCUCGACAUGGAGGCUGUGACCAGCUCGGUCCUACCUUCGAUCCAACUGUUCUAUCAAGUCACCGGCAGCAAGGGAGUCGCCACAUUUAUGUUGGUCUGGAUUACCAUCAUCUAUACAAUGUGCAUUACUCCGCAAUGGGUGACUUGCGGAAGAAUGACAUGGGCAUUUUCUCGAGAUAACGGUCUCCCCUUUUCAAACUACUUCAGCAAGAUCGACCCUCGCACAUAG